AAAACAUAUAUUACAUUACUUAAAUUACUUUCAAAAUAAGUACUAAAUAUUGAAAACAUUGAGAAAAUGCAAUUAAUUAAUUAAUCACAUGCUGCAGUGUUUGAUAAUCAAUAGUGAAAAAAAUGAAUAUCAACCUUAACAUCUAAAUCCAAUAAAUUACAAUAAAAUGUUAAAUAGAAGGUAUCGAUUGGAUUUCCUUCUUAUUUAAUGAAUGCUUCCAUGUAGAAUUUAUAAAUAAAAUAUGAACCAGAGCCACUGAAGAUAAGAUAUAGAGUUUUCGAAAUUCAAAAUAAGAACAAUGUGAAAUUACUGUUUGGGGUAUUACUACAAAAUAUCUUAUUCUUUAAUUUUAAUAUGGUUUUCUUUAGCAAUUUCUAGCGCAAUAAAGAUAUCUAUUAUAUCUAAAUUUUGAAGGAAAUAAGAUGAGACAUGAUACACAUAAUUCAGGCGAAGUCUGUAGCAUAGGAUCGAAUAAAUUAUUUACCGGAUUUAAUGGUAAAUUGAUGAGAAAUGAUCAUGAUAGCCUCCAUCCAGAUCAAAUUUAUAAUGAAACAAAAAAUUGUGUUAAGGGAUGCCAUUAGGACUUAACAAAUGAAUCACAUUAUUAAUGUAAAAGUAGAUCUUCUUUAUUUGAUAAUUUAAUAUUAUGGAUAUAAGAUCAGCUAUAUGCAAUCUCGUUAAGACUGUGUAGAACUUCAUAACAGAUCCGUAACUCAAGAUUUAACUCAAUGAACUUUAUAAUCUAGCUUCCAAACCCAAUUCCAAAAUCGAUGACAUAGAAAGACUUAUGAAUAACCUGGGUAAAAGCUAGACAAUCCAUAAUAGAGUCGUCUCUUAGCCCAACCCGCUUAAUUCUUCAAAACACUCUUAUAAAAUUUAAGCUCAAUCUGGAGCAAGUGUAUCUGCAUUCUCUAAUGGAAUCAACCAAAAAAUUCCAAGUUUCGGAAGCCGUAUACAAUAUACUAGUCCAAUCAAGACUUAUAGAGAAGAUAGGCAGAAUAAAACUAAUUCUGAUCGAUAAAUUUGUUUAACUAGUGAAACUUUGACAUAAACCCCCAAAAAUUAAACUGACGUCAAGCCUUUUGACAAAUUAACUAUUGACUUACCUCCCAAAUUCAAAACACAAUCAAAAGUGCAUAAUCAUUGUCCUACAGUUCCAGUGAUCUCAGAACUUUUGGAAUAAUCUUAAAAAAAAAUCAACAUACCUGAAUAAAACACUGAAAAAAUGAGUAUUUAAAAAAGUCCAAAAUAAUAAUCAUUAAUAAUAAAAUAGUAUGAUCAAUAAAAGGUUUCUGGCAGAGUAUUAAUGGUCUUAGAGUCAUGUAUUAAAGAAAUGAGCUAGAAUACGUUUAAAUUAAUAUUAACUACGGAAAAAACAAAUGAAAUAGAUACUUGUUCAUCUGUUCUCCAUAAUAGUUCAUUAGAAAAUUCAAUUACAAUAGGUCAGAGGAGGUAAUUUAAUCCAUUGUAAAAAGGACUUCAUUAGAAGAUGUCUGAUAGAGAUCUUUUUAAUAUUCAAUAAAAUUUUUUGAUGAAAAAGUUAAUAGUAAAGGCCAAACAGAUUGAAAAGAGUUCUCCUGUGAAUCCAAGUUUAGAUAUAUUUUUAAAAUGA